UGCGGUAGUCACACGGGAAAUAAUGAAGUCGUCAUUCCUAAUACCCAUCGCGAUUCUGUUGGCCAGCCAUCAUAUGGCUCAAGUUUCGCCUCAACUUAUCCUUGAAGUGCCUGGUUAUGGCGUUAUAAACGGAACGAUUGAAACUUCGACUUAUACGGAACGCACUUUUUACGCAUUCCGAAGCGUCUUUUACGCUGAAGAACCCACACCCGAGACCCGCUUUUUGCCACCCAUUCCAAAAGCACCCUAUCCUAUGGACGAGGUUCAGGAUACUACAAGCAAUAACGCAGGAUGUCCUCAGGCAGGAAUUGCCAAUGAAGACUGUCUUUCUCUGAAUGUUUUCACGCCGCAACUGCCUUCAGAGUCUACUACACCCCUUCCUGUUAUGGUUUGGAUCCACGGAGGAGCAUUUUCACUUGGGCAAGCCCUUGAAUAUUUGCCUAAUAGAUACAUGGAGCACGACAUCGUUCUCGUUGCGAUUCAAUACCGCCUCGGCCCACUUGGUUUCCUCUCGUUCGAUACGGAUGACGUUCCUGGCAAUGCUGGUAUAUUUGAUCAAAUUGAGGCAUUACGUUGGGUCAACAAAUUCGUCGAGUAUUUUGGUGGAGAUCCCAGUCAAAUCACUAUCGCAGGAGAAAGUGCUGGAAGUGCUAGCGUUUCGCUACUUCUCUUGGCACCGCAAGCAAGAGGACUAUUCCAGCGUGCUAUUGGUGAAAGUGGGUCUGUUUUGGCCGAAUGGGCACUUGAUCGCGAUGGAAGAGGGAAAGAAGCCUCUGUUAAGAUUGCCGAAAUCGCUGGAUGUCCAGUAGAGCCUUACCAAGACUUACUCACAUGUGUCCAAAAUGUUGAUGCCAAAGUACUGACACAGGCUUACCUGGCUUACGCGUCGAACGAUAGGUUGAACGGUGGUCUAGGAUUCAGCGGUUCCAAUCCCGUCAUACAGGUUGCCGGAGCUCAGCGAUUAAUUGAAUCUGACCCACGCGAACUUUAUAGUUCUGGAAAUUUCGCAACCGUUCCAACCAUGUUUGGUGCAAACAAACAAGAGGGUACCCUUGUGUUAGGAAUUUUGUACAAUGAGUAUUUGGUCCCAAACAAUUUAACUGAAGACGAAGAGUUUUUGGCAAACGAAUGCGUCCCGGUGCUUCUUAAUGCAUUACAUAUUGACGAUCCGACUGGAGAACUCGCUGCUCAAUUGACUGAAAAAUAUUUAGGAACUGCUGAGAUGGGCAAUUUUACGUCCAUGAUACCAGGACUAACGGAUAUGUGCAGUGUACUUUUCUUGAAAGGACCUACAUACGAAAAUUCACAACUGGUUUCUCAACAUAAUCCCAACGCAUUUUUCUACUCUUUUGAGUACGAAGGAAGGAACUCGAUUUUCGGCUAUUUAUUUGCUGCUAACCCCCCUCCGAUUCCCCACGGAGUUAGCCAUGCUGAUGAGCUUAUCUACCUUUUCAUUUACCCGUUUCCGUCCAUCCCACCGGGUCUCAAUGCAACCGAGGAAGAGCUUUCUAAGAAGAUGCUUCAAGUUUGGACGAAUUUUGUUAAAUUUGGUGAUCCAACUCCCGAUGGCGAAACUCUACUAGAUGGCGUUCCAAAAUUUUUGCCUUAUAACACUGUCGAUGAAUUUUACACGGCAAUUGAUGAUGUUUGGCGAACUGAAUCAGACUACACGUUAACAUAUACUGUGACGGUGGACGAACUGAAUCCCCCCAUUCAAACGGGUCAAUCUCCUGUAAGGCGACCUGGGCGUUUUCAACGCUCGCUACCUACCAAAAACAAUUAUCUUGGCCAUUGAUAAUUCUAAAUAGUUUAAGUCGACAAUUUUCUGACAAUCAAUCUAUCAAAUACAUCAAUAAGUUUUAGCAUGUGCAUUUUAA